GAGAGAGAGAGUGAAAGAGAGAGUGAGUGCAGAAAUGAUAGAUAAACAAGAGCUUAAAUCAUCAAGGAAGCCCAGAUCAGAUCCAAGCGCGCUGUGUUUGUUUUCUCACACGGAGAGCAGUUUCAAGAUCAAUUUUGAAGUCCAACCAUCUUGAAUUAAGAGGCACUACUACUACUGAUCAGCGCGAGCACGAGGCGGCAUUGACUUGUCGACCAAGCCUUCUUGUAUCGAUCCCCGGCCAGACUUGGACUUGGAUCAAGAAAUCAAAUGGAGGAGAACCCGCCUCGAGUUUCACGUAAAAAAGGGACCCACGACCACGAAGCCCCGAGAGCCGGACCCACAAGCAGGAAGAGUCGGCACAGUACUACUUUCGAUGAUGGUGGAGAUCAGAUCGAGUGUUCUGGCAAGCAUUGCCGGGCAUGCACUGCCGGCUUGGUAGCCGACUGCGUGGCGCUCUGUUGCUGCCCGUGCGCUGUGGUGAACCUUCUGGCUCUUGCGUUUGUGAAGGUCCCGUGGAUGGUGGGGAGGAGAUGCUUGGGACUGGGAAAAGAGAAGGGUCGUCGGAGGCUGGAAAGGAAGAGGAAAUGCCGGAGAAGUGAGAUUGACGACUGCGUGGUGGAGAGGGAUGGGAAUGCGAGAAAGAGGAUGGUAGAGGAGGGAAAAAUGGCAGAAAUCGCAUCUGGGUUUGGCGGGGAAGAGAGAGUGUUUGAAGAAGAGAAGGUUUGGCUAGAGUUGUACCAGGUUGGUCAUUUGGGUUUUGGGAGGGUUUCAUUCACUGGAAUUCAAUCUCUGGGUAAGGGUAAUUAGGGAAGAAAAAAGGGUAAAUACAUUGCUAUUAGUAGUCCUAAGUAAGCUUUGGCCUUAAUUGAUAGGGAAAAUGAAGUGAUUAAUUUUCUACUAUUCUGCAAGGACUAGAUAUUCUCUUCCAAAGAUAUGUCUCUUUGUGAAUUGUAUUUUGAUCCACUUGUUGUCU